UUGAUGUCUGUCCACGAUCUCAACAUAUCCAGACGAAUUGCAUUCCCAGAUAACUAAAACACCCCCUUUUCUUACGGAUCAUCGUACGAGAAUUUGGUAUCUUCUCGCAAUCAGGGUCGAUCAGAGAAGAGAAGCCCAUAUUCGACAAGGACCAAGAUAAUACAUCACAUAUACCCAAUCAUCAGCCAAGUAAGCUCGGCAAGAUGAUGAUGGGCUACGACGAUGACGAUGGCCAGGGGAGCCGGCUCUUUGAGCACCGCGCCAGCGACCCGCACAGGCUGGUGCCAAGAUCAGAGCUCGUCGUUUACGACCCCCGGAAACAAGUCUUCGGCCUCCAGAUGUACUCGUGGCAGAUAAAACGCGUCGUACCCGACCCUGGAUCCCUCGUCGUCUACAUCGACGGCGCCUGCCGGGACAACGGGACCCCCGCGGCCCGGGGUUCGUGGGGCGUCUACUUCGGCCCCAGGUCCCAGUACAACCGCCGCGGCCUGCUCGCGCCGGACCUCCCGCAGACCAGCUCGCGCGCCGAGAUCGAGGCACUGGCUCAGGCGCUCGACGCCCUCCACGAGAUCACGCGCCGCGACUACUCCCUGAGGCAUAUCACGAUCGCGACGGACUCGGAAUACCUCGCCCACGCCAUGUCGCUGUGGAUCGGGGACUGGAUCGAGAACGAGGGGCUGAACGCCCGCGGCCGCCGGGUCGCGCACUUCGAGACGCUCAAGGCGCUGCACGAGCGGCUCGACGAAAUGACGUACGGCGACGAAGGCGGGCUGGACUUCAUGUUCUGGCCGAUACCAGGGGAAGAGAACAUGGAGGCCGACAGGCUGGCCAACCAGGCUUUUGAGUAGUUCUGUGGGCAGUGGCGGUGUCGACGAGCGGACAACAACAGGCUUCAAAAAACGCCUUGUUGUAGAGUGAUCCCGGAGCCAGUGAAAAAUACGACUGGACCUGCUUGAGACC